AGCUAAAUUUCACCCUCACACACGAGUUCUGUUUCUGUGGCUGAGUCUGGAUUCAGAGUUUGUUUUUAUGGUUUGGCUUAGUCAGUUUGACCGUGGUUCAGUUUUUACAGAAUCUGCUUUUUACCCUCGAAAGGAAGAUUUUUAUUUUGUCUUUUUCAUUCUCUUUUGCUGUGAAUUGUAAACAGAAGGUUUUUAUUUUUCUGACUUCGACACAACAUCAGCUGUAACUCUGGAUUCUGCUUCUGAGAGAUCGUCCAGUAGAAUCGGCUGAAAUGUCAGUGAACUUCUGAAUGGGUUUUGGAGGAAAACGCGUCGCCUGAGUGACAAACCUGAGACGAUGACCCAGAUCUCCGUGGGCUGACCUGCAGCAGGUUUUCUUCAGCGGGACUCGUCUCCUCUCGUGUUAGAUUUACUGUGUGUGUGUGUUUACACUCGUGAAUAUUUGGGGCAGUGAUGGAGGUGGAGUGGGCGUCAGCCGACUCAGCUCAGCAGCAGCUCAACUACAACCUGCUGGAGGGUCGAUUCAAACAGUUGCAAGAUGAGCGUGAGGCGGUGCAGAAGAAGACCUUCACUAAGUGGGUGAACUCUCACCUGUCCAGAGUCUCCUGCAGGAUCACAGACCUGUACAUGGACCUGAGAGACGGACGCAUGCUCAUCAAGCUGCUGGAGGUCCUGUCAGGAGAGAGACUGCCCAAACCCACCAAAGGCCGGAUGCGUAUCCACUGUCUGGAGAACGUGGACAAAGCUCUGCAGUUCCUGAAGGAGCAGCGGGUUCACCUGGAGAACAUGGGCUCUCACGACAUCGUGGAUGGAAACCACCGACUGACGCUGGGUCUCAUCUGGACCAUAAUCCUCCGCUUCCAGAUCCAGGACAUCAGUGUGGAGACUGAGGACAACAAAGAGAAAAGAUCAGCUAAAGAUGCUCUGCUGCUCUGGUGUCAGAUGAAGACGGCAGGGUAUCCCAACGUGAACAUCCACAACUUCACCACCAGCUGGAGAGACGGCAUGGCCUUCAAUGCUCUGAUCCACAAACACAGGCCUGAUCUGAUCGACUUUGACAAACUUAAGAAGUCCAACGCUCACUACAACCUGCAGAACGCUUUUAACCUGGCAGAGCAGCACCUUGGCCUCACCAAGCUGCUGGACCCAGAGGAUAUCAGCGUGGACCAUCCUGAUGAGAAGUCAGUCAUCACCUACGUGGUGACGUACUACCACUACUUCUCCAAGAUGAAGGCUCUGAAGGUGGAGGGCAAACGCAUUGGAAAGGUGUUGGAUAACGCCAUAGAGACGGAGAAGAUGAUUGAGAAGUACGAGUCUCUGGCCUCAGACCUGCUGGAAUGGAUCGAGCAGACCAUCAUCAUCCUCAACAACAGGAAGUUCGCCAACUCUCUGGUUGGAGUCCAGCAGCAGCUUCAGGCCUUCAACACCUACCGAACUGUGGAGAAACCUCCCAAGUUCACAGAGAAAGGAAACCUGGAGGUUCUUCUCUUCACCAUCCAGAGUAAGAUGAGGGCCAACAACCAGAAGGUCUACAUGCCCCGAGAGGGAAAACUCAUCUCAGAUAUCAACAAGGCCUGGGAGCGCCUGGAGAAGGCAGAGCACGAGAGGGAGCUGGCUCUUAGGACUGAGCUGAUUCGUCAGGAGAAACUGGAGCAGCUGGCCAGACGCUUCGACCGCAAGGCGGCCAUGAGAGAGACCUGGCUCAGCGAAAACCAGCGACUGGUGUCACAGGACAACUUCGGUUUCGACCUUCAGGCCGUCGAGGCGGCCACCAAGAAGCAUGAGGCAAUUGAGACGGACAUUGCGGCAUAUGAGGAGCGUGUCCAGGCUGUGGUUGCUGUAGCAAAGGAGCUGGAGGUUGAGCGCUACCACGACAUCAAACGCAUCACAGCCAGGAAAGAUAAUGUGAUCCGGCUCUGGGAGUACUUGCUGGAGCUGCUGAAGGCCCGCAGACUUAGGCUGGAGAUGAACCUGGGCCUGCAGAGAGUCUUCCAGGAGAUGCUCUACAUCAUGGACUGGAUGGAUGAGAUGAAGAUGCUUCUACUGUCUCAGGAUUAUGGGAAGCAUCUGUUGGGUGUGGAGGACCUACUGCAGAAACACGCUCUGGUGGAGGCCGACAUCGCCAUCCAGGCUGACCGGGUGAAGGCAGUCACCACCAACGCAAACAAGUACUCCGUCAACGACAGUGGCUACAAGCCCUGCGAUCCUCAGGUCAUCCAGGACCGGGUGGCCCACCUAGAGUUUUGCUACCAGGAGCUGACCCAGCUGGCUGCCGAGCGGCGUGCCCGCCUGGAGGAGUCCCGUCGCCUCUGGAAGUUCUUCUGGGAGAUGGCAGAGGAAGAGGGCUGGAUUCGUGAGAAGGAGCAGAUCCUGUCCUCUCUUGAGCAUGGCAAGGACUUGACGGGGGCUUUGCGCCUCCUCAGCCAGCAGCGCGCCCUGGAGGAUGAGAUGAGCGGCCGCGCCGGACACCUCCAGCACACCAUCGCUGAGGGCCAGGCCAUGGUGGAGGCUGGUCACUUCGGUGCCACUAAGAUUAAGGAGCGUAUCGCUGACCUGCAGGCCCAGUGGGCGGCGCUGGAGCAGCUGGCAGCGGUGAGGAAGAAGAGGCUGGAGGAAGCUCUGGCCCUGCACCAGUUCCAGGCUGACGCAGAUGAUGUUGAUGCCUGGACACUAGACGCUCUUCGCAUCGUCUCCAGUGGAGAGACGGGCCACGACGAGUUCUCCACCCAGGCGCUGGUCAGGAAACACAAGGAUGCAGCAGCAGAGGUGGCAAGUUACCGGCCGGUCAUAGACUCACUCCACGAGCAGGCCGCCUCCCUUCCCAAAGAAGAGGCAGAAUCAGAGGAUGUGCGUGGUCGGCUGGCUGGCAUCGAGGAGCGCUACAAGGAGGUGGCUGAGCUUACAAAGCUGAGGAAACAGGCGCUACAGGAUGCACUGGCGCUAUAUAAGAUGUUCAGCGAGGCCGAUGCCUGUGAGGUGUGGAUCGACGAGAAGGAGCAGUGGCUGAACAGCAUGGAGAUCCCUGAAAAACUGGAGGACCUAGAGGUCAUACAACACAGGUUUGAGAGUCUGGAGCCAGAGAUGAACAACCAGGCGUCGCGUGUUGCUGUGGUGAACCAGAUCGCCCGACAGCUUAUUCACAGUGGUCACCCGAGCGAGAAAGAUAUCAAGACCCAGCAAGACAAACUCAACAACAGGUGGAGCCAGUUCCGUGACCUGGUGGACCAGAAGAAGGAGUCUCUGAACUCAGCUCUGGGUGUGCAGAACUACCAUCUUGACUGCAAUGAGACCAAGUCCUGGAUCAAAGAGAAGACCAAAGUCAUCGAGUCCACCCAGGAGCUGGGCAACGAUCUCACCGGAGUGAUGGCCCUGCAGCGGAAACUGACCGGUAUGGAGCGUGACUUGGCUGCCAUCGAGGACAAAUUGGGUGACCUACGAGGCGAGGCCCAGCGGCUGGCAGAGGAGCACCCCGACCAGGCUAAAGCCAUCACAGGACGUCUGGCUGAGAUCACCGCUGUGUGGGAGGAAAUGAAGAACACUCUGAAGAACCGCGAGGAGUCUCUGGGAGAGGCCAGGAAGCUGCAGCAGUUCCUGCGUGAGCUGGACGACUUCCAGUCCUGGCUGUCCCGCACUCAGACCGCCAUCGCCUCUGAGGACAUGCCCAACACGCUUGCUGAGGCAGAGAAGCUGAUGGCUCAGCACGAAGGCAUCAAGAACGAGAUCCAGAACUAUGAGGAGGACUACCAGAAGAUGCGGGACAUGGGUGAGAUGGUAACACAGGGCCAGACGGAUGCUCAGUACAUGUUCCUGCGACAGAGGCUGCAGGCGCUCGACACUGGCUGGAACGAGCUGCACAAGAUGUGGGAGAACCGGCAGAACCUGCUGUCCCAGUCCCACGCUUACCAGUUGUUCCUGAGGGACACCAAACAGGCCGAGGCCUUCCUCAACAACCAGGAGUAUGUCCUGGCUCACACUGAGAUGCCCACAACUCUGGAGGCCGCCGAGGCCGCUAUCAAAAAGCAGGAGGACUUCAUGACCACCAUGGACGCCAAUGAGGACAAAAUCAACAGUGUGGUGGAGGCCGGCAGGCGGCUGGCCAGUGACGGGAACAUCAACGCCGAACGCAUUCAGGAGAGAGUCGCCUCCAUCGAUGACAGGCAUAAGAAGAACAGAGAGGCUGCAGUGGAGCUGCUGAUGAGACUGAAGGACAACAGAGACCUGCAGAAGUUCCUGCAGGACUGCCAAGAGCUGUCCCUGUGGAUCAAUGAGAAGAUGCUCACAGCUCAGGACAUGACCUACGACGAGGCCAGGAACCUGCACAGCAAGUGGCUGAAGCACCAGGCCUUCAUGGCAGAGCUGCAGUCCAAUAAAGAGUGGCUGGACAAGAUCCAGAAGGACGGCAUGCUGCUGGUUUCGGAGAAGCCGGAGACGGAGGCGGUGGUGAAGGAGAAGCUGUCUGCGCUCCACGUGAUGUGGGAGGAGUUAGAGUCCACCACGCAGACCAAGGCUCAGUGCCUGUUUGACGCCAACAAGGCCGAGCUGUUCACUCAGAGCUGCGCCGACCUCGAUAAGUGGCUCGUCGGCCUCGAGGGUCAGAUCCAGUCUGACGACUACGGCAAAGACCUGACCUCCGUCAACAUCCUGCUGAAGAAGCAGCAGAUGCUGGAGAACCAGGUGGAUGUGCGUCAGAGGGAGGUGGUGGAGCUGCAGAGCCAGGUGAAGGCUCUGGGUCAGGAGGUGAAGGACACCGAGGAGGUGGACGGGCGGAGGCAGCUGGUGGAGAGGAAGUUCCAGGAGCUGUUGGAGCCGUUGAAACGCCGCAGGAACUUCCUGGUGGCAUCAAGAGAAGUUCACCAGUUCAACCGAGACGUCGAGGACGAGAUCCUGUGGGUUCAGGAGAGGAUGCCUGUGGCCACGUCCACCGACCACGGACACAACCUGCAGACCGUCCAGCUGCUCAUCAAGAAGAACCAGACCCUGCAGAAGGAGAUCCAGGGCCACCAGCCUCGCAUCGACGACAUCCUGGAGCGCAGUCAGAGCCUCCUGCGGGACGAGUCCUCCAACGCCGGCGUCAUCCGUCAGCGUCUGGCCGACCUGCAGGAGCUGUGGAGGCAGCUGAUGGAGGAGGCGGAGCGCCGGCACGGCCGGCUGGAGGAGGCCCACAAGGCCCAGCAGUACUACUUUGACGCCGCAGAGGCCGAGGCCUGGAUGAGCGAGCAGGAGCUGUACAUGAUGUCAGAGGAGAAAGCCAAGGACGAGCAGAGCGCCGUCACCAUGCUGAAGAAGCAUCAGAUCGUGGAGCAGGCGGUGGAGGACUACGCUGAGACCGUCCACCAGCUGUCCAAGACCAGCAGGGGACUGGUGGCUGACGGACACCCUGAGAGUGAGCGUAUCAGCAUGCGUCAGUCUCAGGUGGAUAAGCUGUACGCUGGCCUGAAGGACUUGUCAGAAGAGAGGCGGGGCAAACUGGAUGAGAGGCUCCACCUCUUCCAGCUGAACCGAGAGGUCGACGACCUCGAGCAGUGGAUCGCCGAGCGGGAGGUGGUGGCCGGGUCACAUGAGCUGGGACAGGACUACGAACAUGUCACCAUGUUGCAGGAACGUUUCCGGGAGUUUGCCCGGGACACUGGAAACAUCGGUCAGGAGCGCGUGGACGCCGUUAACCGCCUGGCAGAUGAGCUAAUCAACACUGGGCACGGCGACGCGGCGACGGUGGCAGAGUGGAAAGACGGGCUGAACGAGGCCUGGGCUGACCUCCUGGAGCUCAUCGACACAAGGACGCAGAUCCUCGUCGCCUCCUUCGAGCUCCACAAGUUCUACCACGACGCCAAGGAGAUCCUGGGACGCAUCCUGGACAAGCAGAAGAAGCUGCCGGAGGAGGUGGGCCGAGACCAGAACACGGUGGAGACGCUGCAAAGGAUGCACACCACCUUCGAACAUGACAUCCAGGCCCUGGGAACACAGGUGAGGCAGCUGCAGGAGGAUGCAGUGCGCCUCCAGUCGGCAUACGCCGGCGAUAAAGCGGACGACAUUCAGCGGAGGGAGAGCGAGGUGCUGGAGGCCUGGAGGAGUCUGCUAGAGGCCUGCGAUGGACGGCGGCUCCGCCUCCUCGACACCGGAGACAAGUUUAGGUUCUUCAGCAUGGUCCGAGACCUCAUGCUGUGGAUGGAAGACGUGAUCCGGCUCAUUGAGGCCCAGGAGAAACCCAGAGACGUGUCAUCGGUGGAGCUGCUGAUGAACAACCACCAGGGCAUCAAAGCCGAGAUCGACGCCCGGAACGACAGCUUCACGGCCUGCAUCGAGUUGGGAAAGGCCCUGCUGGCCAGGAAGCACUACGCGUCAGAGGAGAUUAAAGAGAAGUUACUGCAGCUGACGGACAAGAGGAAAGAGAUGAUUGACAAGUGGGAGGAUCGAUGGGAGUGGCUCCGGCUCAUCCUGGAGGUGCACCAGUUCUCGCGGGAUGCGGGGGUGGCCGAGGCCUGGCUGCUGGGCCAGGAGCCCUACCUGUCCAGCAGGGAGAUGGGUCAGAGCGUGGACGAGGUGGAGAAACUCAUCAAACGCCACGAGGCCUUUGAGAAGUCAGCCGCCACCUGGGAGGAACGCUUCUCGGCCCUGGAGAGGCUGACUACGUUGGAGCUGUUGGAGGUGAGGAGGCAGCAGGAGGAGGAGGAGAGGAGGAGGAAGCCUCCAACUCCAGAACCAGCUGUGAUCCAGCAGGAAGAGGCUCAGCAGCAGAGCGGAGUCGUCGCUCAGAACGGACUGCCGUCGGAUCAGGACUCUCCCCGGGACGGCGUGGAUGCUGGAGAUCUGGUGAACGGCGUGGCAGAGCGGAGCUCCAAGGAGCCGAGUCCGGCCCCCUCCCCGACCUCCGGCAGGAAGGGCAGAAUCAGCCAGUCGUCCACGCUGCCCUCCAAGACCCAAGACUCGUCCUCGCUGAUGGAGGGACUCCUGCACCGCAAACACGAGUGGGAGGGCCACAACAAGAAGGCGUCCAACAGGUCGUGGCACAAUGUGUACUGUGUGAUCAACAUCCAGGAGAUGGGUUUCUAUAAAGACAGCAAGGCGGCGGGUCAGGGAGUCCCGUAUCACAACGAGUUACCCAUCAGCCUGAGGGAGGCCACGUGUGACGUGGCGUCAGACUACAAGAAGAAGAAACACGUCUUCAAACUCAGACUGACCGAUGGAAACGAGUAUCUGUUCCAAGCCAAAGAUGAAGAUGAGAUGAGCUCCUGGAUCCAGGCCAUCCUGAACGCCAGCGCCAUCGACCGCCCCGACACCCAGGGCAGCAACCCUGGCACGCCGGCGUCUGGGCGCGCUCAGACGCUGCCGGCCGCCGUCACGCUCACCACCGAGUCGAGUCCUGGCAAGAGAGAGAAGGACAAAGAGAAGGACAAGGAGAAACGCUUCAGCCUGUUCAGCAAGAAGAAACAGUAGAAACUAAAACUCGAGCACUUUGGUGAAACUGAAUCUGGACACGCGCUCUGACGCCGCACACGUCACGUUUAGCUUCUUUAAAAACGGCUGAUUUCUCGUCUUCAGCUGGAAACAACUGGAAUCUGCUCCAGAGCGCGUUUUCAGACCUUUCUGCUUUUUGCUUCACGAAGGUCUUUUCACAUCACAGCAGCGUUCUUUACCUGUGUGAACAGGUGAAUCCGUCUCUCGCUGCUCUGUCAUCAGACCUUUGUGACGUCAAAGAGGGAGAACUUUAUCAGCCAUUGAACUCUGACAUUUCCUGUUCAUCUCUAAGUAGAUUCUCUGUUCGAGAACGUCUGCAGACCAAACCGUGAAAAGCUCAGAUCUGUGUUUCCGCUGACUGUGAGCACGUAACGCUCUCUACAUUUGUGGCCGUGAUAUUUCUCAGCAGCUUCAGCUCGUCUGAGAAAUAUCGUGGCCACGUGAGAAAACGGUUAAACACGUUGGAGACGUCACUGCUGAACAGUCAGUGACUGCGUUUGUCGGCUGAAAAGUUCGAGCGAGCAGCAGAAAACUAAAAGUUUCACCGUGGUGUGACGUCGGGUUGGUUUCUCUGUUUAUUCUCAGUGCAGUUUUCUUUUCUUCUUCCUUGUUUUUUUUUUGGUUUGAUGUUCCUUGUGCGUUCGGGGACGGGUCAAAGAGACAGAGCGUUUUAGACGUUGUGAUGUAACAGCGGCGGAUCGUUGACUGACAUCUGUCACGUGUUGUCUAAACUAAAAACGCUGCUUUUGCUCUGACAUUUGUUUUCUGUCUCAGCAUCCAAUCAGAAGCUGCCGCCGCUCUCGCUCUGUCCGUGUCGGUCCGUCGACGAUGAACCGCGGAUUCAUCAGUGUUUUGACCAAACUUGUUCAUGUAUGUUGAUGAUGAGCCGCUGUUACGUCAUAUCUCUGUGACUCAGCACGAACCACACGCUUCUUUUUCUUUGCAUUUUUUUAAUGUUAUUUUUUAUUUUUCGUAAAUUUUUGUCAUUUUUCUACUUUUUUGAAGCAGGUCUGGGUUAUUUCCUCAAUUUUGUGAGGGUGUCUUUGAGACAACCUACAUUCUUCCUCUGCCGUUGAGAAAUUGGACCAAUAGUGCAUUUUACUUUGGUUAUUAUUUUUACGUUUUUUGUCUUCUGCCACUCCACGAGCUGUAUAAUGUAAAUGUCCACUUGCAUGCUUCGUCAGGUUCAGAGCGUCGCCUGAAAAAUUCACCUCUCUCAUCUUUAAAAUCUUUUUCUUUGUUUUUCUUUGGUUCUAAUUUGUUUCAGAUCCUUCUAGUUCAGAUAAUGAAGAUUAAUAAUGAAGAUUAAUAUGUAUAAUAAACACUAAAGCGUGGAUGUUUAAUGGUGGACGUACUUCCCGUACUGCAGACAGGGGGCGCUCAGCUGUGGAGGAGGGAAGGUUGCUUGCUUGUCGUCGGCUCUUCGCACCGCGCUGCGUUCAGAUUUUCUGCUCUUUGAUACUCGUGUUGCUCUCGUCACUGUAUAUCUAUUGUACUGAACAUGUAUGGAAGUUAACGCCAUCUUAUGCACAAUCAGAACUACAUCUAUAGGAAUGAAGAAGCUGUUUAAGGCCGAAUAUUUAAACAGAAGUUAGACCAUAAAGGCUUUUCUCAUGUAUGAAACUGCACCUGUAGACUUUAAAGCUCGCUCUCUCUCUCUCUCUCUCUCUCUCUCUCGCUCUCUCUCUCUCUCUCUCUGUCUGUGCGAUGUCAUUAAAGCUUUUAA